CCGAAAAUUAGCGCCGCCACCGCCUUAACCCUCACGCAACUUCCUCCUUUUGCGGCGGCGCGAAACACCGACGCGUCUCCUCUGUUCUCUCUGGUUUGCGAGCGCGGUCGGAGGAGACUAGGGUUUCGCGGCGAGAUGUCGGCGUACGACGAGGUGGAGAUCGAGGACAUGGAGUGGAACGCGGAGCUGAAGGCGUACACGUACCCGUGCCCCUGCGGCGACCUCUUCCAGAUCACGCUCGAGGACCUCCGCCUCGGGGAGGAGAUUGCGCGGUGCCCCUCGUGCUCCCUCUUCCUCACCGUCGUCUACAACGCCGAGGACUUCGCCGACGCCAAGGAGCCGGCCCACAAGCCGGGCCCGAGCCCAGUCGCCGUCGCCUGAGGCCGCCCCCCCUGAUCGGCGAGAUGAACGCAUUGGAUUGAUCUCAGGGCAGGAAAAGGAAUGAGUGUUAAUGUUUGACAUACACGGGAGCAUUUGUACUACCAUCACUACUUAGAUGAGUGGGUUUAGAGGCAUACUAUCAAAGCUUCGGUUGUUAAAUUAUCUUGUUUGUAUGGGUGACCCGCUAUUGUAAGGUGACAUGAACAACUCGUGCUUCGAAAAUUUUGUUUGUGAAUUGUCUUGCCUCGGUCACUCAUUAGCAAGUUACAAUCCCGAUUGAUCUUCAGUAUAUUCA